UCAGGCAUCACUCCUCUCAGAGACGAGUGGACACACAGGCUGUCAGGAUGCAGAAGGCAGUGAUUCUGGUUUCCUUGCUGGUCCUGGGUUGGUCCCAGACCCUUCAGGGACUCCCUACACUUCCAGAGCCUCUCUAUCCUACGCAGGAGAACUUUGACCUGAACAGGUUUUUGGGAACAUGGCAUGACGUUGCCGUGGCGAGUUCAUGUCCCUAUAUGCAACGUAACAGGGGAGAUGCAGCCAUUGGGACACUGAUCCUGCAGAGCGGCACUGAAGGCAAACUCAAGACUACUCGAAGGGUACUCAGGCAAGGAACAUGUAAGGAGAUGACUGUGGACUAUGAGUUGACCACCACACCAGGACGAUUUACCUACCAUGUUGCCAGGUGGGCAGCAGACGUGGAUGCCUACGUGGUUCACACAAACUACAAUGAGUAUGCAAUAGUGAUAAUGGGCAAACAGAAAUCGUCAGGGGAUAAGAGCACCUCCGUUAAGCUUUACAGUCGAACUAUGACUGUGAGAGACACUGUGCUGCAGGACUUCAAAACACUGGUCAGAGAACAGGGAAUGAGUGAUGACACCAUUAUCAUUAAGCAGGACAAAGGUGACUGUGUUCCUGGAGUGGUGGUGGUUGAGCCGACUGCUCAGCCUGAGCCUCAGCGGAGGAAGAGAGACGUGGUGCCUACUUUGGCUCCUGCAGAUGUUGAGGGUUCUGGUGAUGACACACCUCUUUUCAAUGGAACUGAGGCCUGUAAUGCAGCACCAGAUACAGGACCAUGCUUUGGGACGCACCAGCGUUUCUACUACAACUCCUCCUCAAUGAGCUGUGAACUAUUCAACUAUGGAGGGUGUAUGGGCAACCAGAACAAGUUUGAAACUGAGAGAGAGUGUCUGCAGAGAUGUCGCACUGAGGCUGUGUGCCGUCUGCCCUUGGCGCCCCAAUCCUGCACGGGCCAGCCAUCCAUCUGGGCCUUUGACUCCACCAUGGGUCUGUGUGUGCCCUACAAACAGGGCUACUGCCAGGGCAAUGCCAACAAGUUCUACAGCAAAGCAGAGUGUGACGAAUACUGCGGGGUGAUGAACGAUGAGGGAGAGCUCCUGAGCACAAACUGAAUGACAUCAGGAAACAUCACCGCUCAAAUGAACUCAUCAAACAGAGACGUAGAACGAACCAGCACCACAUAAGGGGCAGAUUAAGGAAAUGUGACUUUGUCUCAGCAGUCACAGAAUAUGUGAAGUUAUAUCACAACAGAUCAAAAAUAAAAUGAGUGAUAACUCUG